AUACUGUCAUACUGAUACAGGAAAAUGGCUUUGGGUGUUACUGGAAAUUGAGAUCUCAUUUCUUUGAUUGAUAUAAGGCUUUACCUUUAAAAAAAAAAAGAAAAAAGAUUUGAUUUAUGUGACCGUUGUCCUUUUAUUUUGCUAAUACGUAGUGUUAAGAGUUUUUGGAUUUCUGUUUUGCUAUAGGUAUAUACAUGUCACAAAUUUCCGUAAUCUAGGAUCUUGUUUCUGAUCAAUGCUGUGCUGUCAUUGAUUCAGAGCCAUUUAACUUUUCUUUCAAUUUUGAUUUUACAAAACAUCUUAAAGAUUAAGAAAGGAGCCUAAAGACUUCCAUUUUUGUUCUCUAUACAGUAUUUUACAGUUAAAAACAUGUUUAGUGCUUGACACUAGAGCAUUAGGAGUGAUGGUGAUCUGGUGGUGAUGACAUCGGUGAAAAGGUGGAGGGGAUGGUGACAACUGGCAACUGUUGGUGCAGCGGUGAUUGUGCGUUGCCCAUGAAAAUAAUUUUGUUUGAGUUUUGCUUGAUUGUUCCUUUAUUUGGACAAGAAAAAAAAAAAGUCAAGAAGCCAGGAAAUAGCAGUGCAACCAACUGAAACUCUAUGUGCACCUUAUAUGAACUAUUUCCAAUAACCACCUCCCUCUUUUGUACAGUCCUCAUUUCUUAAUAUCAGCGGUUGGCGUGUCAGAGCAAAUAGAACUGAGAGCGACGGUUCGGAUAGCUGCCCAUUUGGAUUUAGGGGAAGCACCAAUUUACUGCAACUGAUUAAUGGGAUGUAAUAUAUGUAGACCAGACUGUUUAUUAAUCCCUCAUAUUCAUUAUGAUUCCUCAUGCUAUGCAGUCCAAUUGUCAUUAGGGGCACUCUGUUGUUAAACAGAAUCAAGCAAUAGUCUUGGAUGUCUGCCUGCUGAUAUGUAUUGUUAACUGUAUCAGAAUUUGCAAUAGCAAAUUAGCAGAAAUUGAAAGGAUGUGAAACUUUAUAGAUUCUUGGCAUGCUUAUGUUCUCAACCUGUGUUUUAAAGGAUCUGAAAUAUGCCGAUUCUCAUGAGUGGGUGAAGGUUAAUGGUAACUCUGCCACAAUUGGUAUAACUGAUCAUGCUCAAGAUCAUUUAGGUGAUGUUGUGUACGUUGAAUUACCUGAAGUGGGAGCUGCUGUAAAGCAGGGUGACAGUUUUGGAGCUGUUGAAAGUGUCAAGGCUACUAGUGAUGUUAAUUCUCCUGUCUCAGGGAAAGUGGUUGAAGUUAAUGAAGAGCUCAACAACUCUCCCGCUCUGGUUAACUCAAGUCCAUAUGAGAAUGGAUGGAUUAUAAAGGUUGAGAUGAAUGAUGCCGGGGAGUUGAAAAAGUUGAUGGACUCAGAUCAAUACUCCAAGUUCUGCGAGGAAGAAGAUUCAAAGCACUGAGACGAGAUGCCCUGGCCAUGUUGGAUCUCAAGGCAUUCUGCCGAGAAGGAUGCUAUGAAAAGAGAAAUAAUAGCUAUAUCCGGGAAGCCGACUGGUUGAAAAUGUAGCUUUCUUUUUGAUGUUUCUAUCAGACCAUGUAGUUUCAUGUCCCUCUAUCUUGGGUUUUGAUUUGGUUUCGUGUUUGUUUAAGAUAGUUCAAGGAAUAAUGAUUUGGAUUUUCCUAAUGGAAAUGAUGCUGGCAAGCAUAUGAAACAAUUCAAGAAUGAUUCAGGUUGAUGUUCUGCA